GUUUUUUCUUAUCUCGUAUUAUGUCUGACCUAGGAAGUCCUAUUGUGAACAGGUAUGCUGAGCGCUACAAGUCAUUUCUGGUGGAUUCGCCUCCAAGAAAUGAAACAGCAGUAACCAGUGUUUUGAGAAAUAGCCCGUUACAGCCAAAUCGUACUGGAGAACACAAGAUAUAUGAGGGGGAAAAGUACAGCUCUUAUGAAAUCAAGAAUGAAGACAAUGGGGAGUGGCGUCAACUGAGUGCAACUGCUGAAGAUGACGUUAAGAAGGUUGAAGUGAACAGUCCAAGACGACACCUGCAAGAACCCAAGACGAGUUCAACUACAAGUAAUCAGUAUAAAGAAAAGAGUCAACCUAGAGAGAAACCCAAAGAACAAGUAGAGGAGAAACCCAGAGAGUCAUAUCCUAAAGUGAAGCAAGAAGAGCAUACAGAAGUUCGACGAGUCAGAAAGGUCCCUCAUUACAUGAUGGCAACUACAUCCUUUCAAAAAAAAACAAAUCCUUCUAGCCGUGAUGAGAUUAAUCUAGGCAUUCGUACAAAGGGCGGUAUAACCAAAAGAGUCGGUACAUCCAAAGUACCUAGAUACAAAUCGACAACAAGCAUCAAUGCUAUAGACGACAUCAAAUCCGAGAUGACAUCUGAAGAUACCUAUGUGCCCAUGGCUGCCCGUAUCAAGUUAUUUGAAAAAAACUUGGGUAAUGGAGCCAAUAGGCCCAUUCCUAAUCAAUCGAUUUCCACUGCACACUCUCGUCAAUUGAAGCGUUCGCCCAGCGUCUCAUCGAGAGCAUCACCUUCAAGCCAAUCUAGUCAAACCCGCACAUCAGCGCCCAAUUAUACGAGAAAGACAAUUUCAACAGAAGAAAGAGAGAAAUUAACCGACGAAGCUAUGAGUCGAUCAUCUUCAUCAUCCUCCACCCCAAGCAGAAUGUCUGUUAGAACUAAUUCUGAUGAUACAAAGGUAUAGAUGAUUUUAAGGGUUUUUACUUAAAAAAGUAGAGUAAUUCAGUAUUUAUACAUAGUCUUCCACUAUCAGUAAUCACAGCACCCCAUUCAAUGACAAGCUUAAACUAUGGAAAAAUAAAGAAAUACAAAAUACAAAAAGCACACAGUAUCGAGGACUUAAACGCAAGGUAGUAUACAAAGAUGUAUAGAAUGUAAGUUGGGGGGUGUUAUUAAUGCAAAAAAAAUGAUAAAAUAGAACCACGAAUCCCACCAAAAACAGUAAAUAAAGAAUAACAGUCCGAAGAACGCCACCACGUCCUAUUUUUUUUUUUUUUGCCUUUUUUU